CACCACGCACCACGCACCACGCACCACGCACCACGCACCACGCACCACCAGCACGAUACGAAGCUCCCCCCCCACCCCACACAGUCUCGAUGGAUGAAAUCGACACCGGCACCAGCGGCAGCGGCAGGAGCAGCCACCGCAACAGCGGUGAAUCGGGACGACCACCACUGCUGCGGACGACCUCGAUCCGGUCCUUCACGAAUGCCGAAAAGGAUAAAAUCAGCGCCAUACGUGCCGCAUGCGAAGCAGGCGAUCGCGGAUCUCUCAUCCAACACGCCAUCUCGGCGGAUGGGCUCGUUAGCGACGACGUGCGGCGCGAGGCUUGUACGCCACACCUGAUGCCCCCCCCCCACACCGUCAAACCUCCUGCGGCCUAGGCGAGGGAGGAGGAGGUGUCGUGUCGUAUCCAAGCGAACGCUAAUCAGCUGGUUUCAUGUUGGCGGCAGGGCCCUUGUUGCUGGCAACUACCGUCCCGCGGGUUUCCGACGCCGUCGACGCCGACUGCGAACAUGACACGGCCGCGGCGGAAAAGAUACCCGAACGAGUGCCGUGGGAAGAGCUGCCACUUCACGAGGACGAGCGCCAGGUGCAACUGGAUGUCGAUCGAUCGUUCAUAUAUUACCCCACCAAUAUGUCGCCUCGGCAACUCGACGAUCGGAAGAAGGAGCUAUCGGAUCUGAUAGUGGAGGUCCUGCGCAGGCAUCCGAUGCUGGGCUACUUCCAGGGCUUUCAUGAUAUCUGCCAGGUGAUCCUACUGGUCAUGGGACCGAAAGCGGCGGUUUCGGCGGUGGAGCACAUUGCGUUGCUGAAGAUCCGUGACUUCAUGCUUCCGUCCAUGACACCCGCCAUAAAUCACCUCCGCCUGCUAUAUCCACUCCUUAACGAUGAGGAUCCAAAGUUGUGCGCCCAUCUAUCGAGAACCCAGCCUUUCUUUGCGUUGGCUGCCACCCUUACCCUGUAUGCCCACGAUAUUCAGGAAUACAGCAAUAUAGCCCGGCUGUUCGAUGUCUUCUUGGCGUUGGAUCCGGUGUUUCCGCUGUAUCUGUUUACCCAGAUCGUGAUGGAGCGCAAAGAGGAGCUAUUCGAGAUACCAGACGACGAGCCGGAAAUGCUCCACUCGAUCCUGUCGAAGCUCCCGAAGCCGCUCGACCUGGAGGGCUGGAUCUCUCGCGCCAUCUUGCUCGUGGAGAAGCGGCCGCCGGAGAAGCUCUCGACCUGGCGCUGGGUGUCCAAGUACAGCGUACUCAAGACCUCGCGGACAACCAGUCCCACCCUAACCCUGGAAGCAGCAGAGAAGAUCUUCUCGUACCAGUGCCAGGAGCUCAAAAGCGCCGAACUACGAAAGCAACGGCUCGUUGCUCUCGCAAAACACAAGACGCCGAUACUGGUCGGACUCUCCGUGCUCAUCGGCGUAUCUUCCAUCGCUCUCGGGAUGUAUGCGCGCAACCACGGAGGCGUGGGCUCCCUGCCCGGAAUGACGGUCGUAUGGAGGAUCUUUGUCGCCAUUCGACGGCUGAUGUGAUUGGAUCUCUCUCUCUCGCUUUCUCUCUCUCUCUUUAUCUGUCUCUCUCUUCUCGUUUCAUUUUUCCUUUUCUUUUCUUUUCUUUUUCUGCGUCUAGACAAAAGUUUGCUUGGCUUGGCUUGGCUGGUUCGGUUGCGUGGUGAUUGGG